CCUCAAAAUAGAGAAAGAGGCAGGGAGAAGUUGAGGUUUCAAACCCGGUGUAGGGGUCUAGGGGAUUUGGAAUUCCUGGUACGUGAUCGAUCUGACUUAGAAAAACAAGCGUUGCACAAAUUUGACCAAAAAGAAGAGCAAAAGAUGACAAGAAAGUUGGGUAAAUAAAUAACAUGAAACAAAAUCUCCUUCUCCAGAGUGGUUUCUUCCUGUCGCUCCCCACAGUUGUGAACGGGUCUCCCACUCUCUCUCUCUCUCUCUCCAAACAAUAUCAACGAAAUUGAAGUAAAAAAUGACGGCGGCUCCGAUGAAGAUCGUGUUCGGGCUGCUGACGCUCGUCACUGUGGGAAUGAUUAUAGGUGCUUCAUUUCAACUAGCAUUUAUACGAAAGUUGGAAGACUCCUAUGAGUUUCCACCAUUUAGAAGAUUGCAGGGGAAUCAGAAUGAUGGCAAUCUUCAACUGCCUGGAGGUAUUUCCCAUUGGGAUAAUGACGAAGAAGCAAGAGUUUUACGCGUUGGAUAUGUCAAACCUGAAAUAAUUAGCUGGUCACCUCGAAUCAUUGUACUUCAUAAAUUUUUGAGCAUGGAGGAAUGUGACUACCUUAGAGCUAUAGCCCUUCCUCGACUUCAAAUUUCCACUGUAGUGGAUACAAAAACUGGGAAGGGAAUUAAAAGUGAUGUUAGGACCAGCUCUGGGAUGUUUUUAAGUCCUGAAGAAAGGAAGUAUCCGAUGGUACAGGCAAUUGAAAAACGAAUUUCUGUCUAUUCUCAAAUACCAGUAGAAAAUGGGGAGCUCAUACAAGUAUUAAGGUAUGAGAAGGGUCAGUACUACAAAGCCCAUCAUGACUACUUCUCUGAUACUUUCAAUGUGAAGCGAGGUGGUCAGCGAAUAGCAACAGUGCUUAUGUAUUUAAGUGACAAUGUUGUAGGAGGAGAAACGCAUUUCCCUUUGGCUGGUUCGGGUGAGUGUCACUGCGGUGGGAAGAUGGUCGGAGGAUUGUCUGUAAAACCAAGUAAAGGAGAUGCAGUGCUCUUUUGGAGCAUGGGGCUAGAUGGACAGUCAGAUCCAAAUAGCAUACAUGGAGGAUGUGAAGUACUUGCAGGGGAAAAGUGGUCGGCUACGAAAUGGAUGAGGCAGAAAACUACAUAUUGAUUGCUCUAGCCUAGCCAUAUCUCAAAAAUGCAGAAAGCAGCCGCAGCCGUUAUAUUAACCCUUUUUUUUUUUUUGAAAUGACUAGUGAGCGUGAAUAAUUUGUCAGAUGUAAAUUUUGUAUUUAGCAUGAAAUCUAAAAGUUGGAAAUAUUCAAACUACACAAAUCGAUAUGACUAGGCAGGGUGAGUUAAGGACCUUAGGAGUGCUUUACAACCAUUUUACCUUAUAAGGGGGUGGUCGCACCACUCCACAACUUUCAACUCCCCCAAAGACCUCGAUUCUACAACUGAGUAUUCAAUUCUCGAUUUUUUUCACUCA